AUGCAGAAUAGAACCUCAGUCACCGAAUUCAUCUUGAUCGGCGUGUCAGAUGCCCGUGAUUUCUACGGCUCCCUCUUUGGUCUCUUUCUGCUCUUGUAUAUAGCCAACAUCUCCGGAAACUUAGUGGUAGCCGCAGUCACCCUCUGGGACCCGCAUCUCCAGACGCCCAUGUACUUCUUCAUUGGCAACCUGGCUUUCAUUGACAUCUUCUACUUCUCCACCACCGUGCCCAAGAUGUUCAUGGGGUUGGUCUCCAACAGCAAUCGUAUUCCCUAUGCAGCCUGCAUUGCCCAGAUGUUCUUCUUCCAUUUCCUGGGCAGCACUGAAGCCAUGCUCUUGGCCAUUAUGGGCUACGACCGCUACCUGGCUAUCUGCCACCCUCUCCGCUACCCUCUCCUGAUGAGCCGCCAGCUGCGCUGGACCUUAGCAGUUUCUGUGUGGACAGCCGGCUUCUUCCACUCGCUUCUCCAUGCUAUCAUGAUGUCCCGUCUCUCCUUCUGCCGAGGCAAUCAGGUGGAACACUUCUUCUGCGAUAUAUCUCCGCUCCUGGCCCUCUCCUGCUCGGAAACUUGGAUCAACCGGGCUUUGUUAGCUGGCGUGACUGGCUCCAUCAUCAUGGGCUGCUUUGCUUUAACCUUAAUCUCGUACGGUCUAAUCGUACGGGCUGUGGUGGCCAUGCAUUCGGCGGAAGGUCUGCGGCGUACCUUUUCUACCUGUGGGGCCCACCUCACUGUGGUGGCCCUCCAUUAUGGCUGUGCUGGGGCCAUGUACUUGCGCCCCCACUCAGAAAACUCACUAGAAACAGACAGAGCUGUGACAGUGCUUUACACAGCAGUGACACCCGUUUUGAACCCGCUGAUUUAUACCCUGCGCAAUAAGGAAGUCAAGGCCGCUCUAAGAAGGGCCGUGGGCAGGAGUGCCUGCAGUCAGAGAGAGUAA